GUGACGUGACUUCGGAUCGGUAAGUCGGCAUGUAGCAGUCCAAGUGGAAUCAUGAGUUUCUUCAAGUUCUCGAAGUUUCAUUGUGUCCUCAAUUACGUGAGCCUGGCUUUACAUUUGGUGGACAUUGGGCUGGACAUCUGGGCUGUGGUGUCUCUGUACCAGGAAGAAGAAUACGUCUAUCUCGGGGUGUUGAUCUUCGUCCUUCUGGGCUCGUCGGUGCUUGGACAAGCCUACAGCUGGCUUUGGUAUACUUAUGAUGACUUUGAGAGGAUGUCAACGAUUGAGAGGUGUCUCAGUCCGAGGCAAUUGAAAGUCGUGCACUUUUUGCAGCUUGGAGUCUACUUCAGACAUGCUGGUCUUGUGGAGCUCACACCGUGCAGGUGCAUUACAAAGAACCAAGACUCGGACUCUGCGGUGUACCUGACUCACGACCUCAGCAUGCUGCGACUCUUUGAGGCUUUUUCAGAGAGUGCACCUCAAGUGGUCCUCAGUCUUACCAUCAUGCUGCAGAGGGGACAUGUGGAUCCUUGGACAGUGUUGAAGGCCUCGAUCUCGGCUUCAGCCAUCGCCUGCAGCGUCUCCAUGUACCACCGCGCCCUCCGUUCCUUCCUGCCCGAAAAAGAAGUGCAACGCAUUGCCUCGUUUCUCAUCUACUUUAUCUGGAACCUACUUCUCAUCUUCUCCCGGCUGGCCGCCAUUGCCUUCUUUGCGUCCGUCCUGCCCUGCUUCAUCUUCACCCACUUCAUUUGCGCCUGGAUAAUCCUCUUCUUCUGCGUGUGGCGCUCCAAACCAAAGUUAAUGGACAGCCCCUGUGGGGAGUUUCUCUACCAAGCCACCGUGGGCCUCAUUUUGUAUUUCAACUGGUUCAACGUGUUGGAUGAGAAGACUAGAUUCAAGACGACGUUGUAUCAUAGCUUCAUCCUGCUCGAUACUUCCCUCAUGUGCGGCUUGUGGUGCUGGAGAAUAUACACACAACCCCAUUUUGAAAUCUCCCUCAUGUAUGCUUGCAUCAUUGCCACCAGUGUGGUCAUACUUUACAUCUUUGGACUAAUCGUCAAAAUACUCUAUUACAAGCGCUUUCAUCCAAACGUCACAAAAAAGACGCUGAAAGGAGAUGUCACGAGCCCUCCAGAGAAGGCAGUCAUGUUCUCAGCCGGCGAUGCGGCGGAAAACGAGUUUCCUCACAUCGGCGACCGGAGCGCCGCCAUUGAAGAUGAAGUGGACACCGCCGUGUCACGAGCCGAUGUCAGACUAACCAAUAAAAGAAUGAGGAAACUGGCGGAGAAUUUCUACUCAUGACAUGUGCAUGAACAUCACAAGAAACUAGUUCUCCAUUUCCAACAAGGAGGAUCUAUUACCACCUGCAUAGUCAGCACUUUUUUUUUUUUUUUUUUUAAAAGGACCUGUACUCAAUUGUUUGCAGACGAUCACAAAAAGCAAAAUGUUUACAGAACUUAACUACCUUGGUUAUGACGAUCAUUAUAAUCACAAAUAGUGUCGCCGUAUGAACAAUAUUAAUUUUAUUCUUGCCUAAAACAUCCACUAGUUUAUUAAAAUGACUAUUUAUAUUUUUAAUUUAAUUACUAAUGUAAUUCAAAUGUAUUUAUUUAUGUAUCGCGAACAAAUACAAGCCGUGAAAAUAUUCCAAGACAAUACUCAGGGUAUUUACAAUGUAUUGACUUUAUCAGAUAAACAGAAAAUCUUUACAGAUAUCUGUUGAGGUCCUAGAUAGCUACGGUGGUCUAAAAGACCCCCUUGAAUGAGAUGAUUUA